AUGAAUAAAAGAAAAGUAUUGAAAGAUAAUAUUGAUUAUUAAGACUGUUGGAAUAUAAUAGACUCAUACUUUCAAGAAAAUAAUCUUUGUACUUAAUAAAUAAAUUCAUAUGAUAAUUUUAUAUAAUCAAUUCCUUAGAUAAUGGAAGAAUAAAAAAUUCGCAUAAAACCCUAAAACAAGUAUUCUUUAAAAUAAAACAAUGAAUUAGAUUUUGAAAAUACUUAGUAUAUUGUUUCUUUUGAAAAACCAUAGAAAGCUCCAUCUUAUAAUUAAAGAAUAUUUCCUACAUAGGCAAGAAUAAGUGAUUUAGAUUAUUCUUUAGAAAUAAAAAUCCCUAUAAAAUUAGUAAAAGAAACAUUUAAUCCAGAAACAGGUAAAUUAGAUGUUAAAAAUUUAGUAGAUCCAAAUAAAAAUGUUAUAACUUUAGCUCAUAUUCCUGCUAUGGUUUAAUCUAAAUAAUGUAGCUUACAUGGUCUUAGUUUACAAUAAAGAAUUUAAACCGGAGAGUGUAAACAUGACUAAGGUGGGUAUUUUAUAAUAAAAGGAUAGGAGAAAGUUAUAAUAGCUUAAGAAAGAAUGGCUUAUAAUUUUAUUUAUGUUUUUAAAUAAAAUGAUGAUAGAAUUCCUUGGAUUGCUGAAAUAAGAUCAAUAUGCGGAAAAAUAACAGGCAUAUAAUCUAAAUUUAUUAUAAAAAUGAAGAAAAAAAAUGAAGAAAUACAGUUGUUUUGGCGAAGUAAAUAUAUAAGCGAUGAUAUUCCAAUGUUCAUUCUUUUCAAAGCUUUAAAUAUAAUUAAAGAUCGAUAAAUUAUGGAAUAUAUAUUCCAUGAUAUAAAAUCUAGAGAAAAUUAGACUUAAAUGGAACUUUUAAGAGACUCAUUACUUUUAUGCUCUAAAGUAAAAAGUGUAAAUUCCGCUUUAAAUUACAUAGGACUAAGAGUUUUGGCUUCUUCGAAAAAUAUUGGAAAAUAAGAUGCUGUUAAAGCGGCUAAAAAUAUACUUAAUUAUUAUCUUUUGCCGCAUAUUGGGUAAGAUGAGAAAUCUUUGCAUUAAAAAGCCUUUUUUGUUGGCUAUAUGAUUAAAAAAUUACUUAAUGCAGCAAAUAAUAAAUGCAUUGAAGAUGAUAGGGAUCAUUAUGGGAAGAAAAGAAUGGAUAUUUCAGGAAAUCUUUUAAGUUAAUUAUUUAAAGAAAGGGUUAGUUAAUUUAUUAAAAGAGGGAAAAUGAUGCUAUAGGAGAAAUUCAGUAAGAUUUUUAGAGAUUCAAAUGCUUGCUUUUCACUAAAAAAUGACAUCUUUGAUCAUAAAAUUAUUUCUGAUGCCUUAAAAGCUGCAAUUGCAACAGGAAACUGGGGAGUUACUGCUGAUGGGGAAGUUGCAAGGACUGGAGUUUCCUAAUAAUUGAAAAGAGAUACUUGCUUUUUUGCUACAUUAUCUAAUAUGAGAAGAGUAACAGCUCCUUAAAGGUAAAUUUCGAAAUAAACUAAGCCUAGAUAGUUACAUAAUAGUCAUUAUGGAAUGAUUUGUCCUGCAGAAACUCCGGAAGGAUAAAAUAUUGGGAUGAUUAAAAAUAUGGCUUUUAUGACUUAGGUUUCUUUAGGUUUAUAAGAAAGGGAUAAUUUGUAAAUUUUGGAAUUUUUGGAAAGCGCAGUUUAGGUUUUUGAUAUAACUUAAAUUAAUGUAGAGGAAAUUGCAGGAAUGAAUAAAGUUUUUUUUAAUGGAAAUUGGUUUGGAUUUUGUAAAGAUCCAGAAGAUUUAAUAGAAUUAUUUAAAAAAUAUAGAAGAAAAAAACAAGAAUUUAAAGAUAUUUCAGUUGUAAGAGAUGUUAUUAAUAAAGAAAUAAGAAUUUAUACUGAUUCUGGAAGAUGUAUGAGACCUCUUUUUGUAGUUGAAAAUGCUAGAAAUAGAAAAUUAUUUAUAAAUAAAGAAAAUCUUAAACUUAUAAAUAAGAAUGUUUAAGAAAAGAGAUUUUCGAAUUAUUGUUUAAAUGGAUUUAUUGAAUAUUUAGAUGUUGAAGAAGAAGAAAUAUCAAUGAUAGGUAUUGAUAUAAAUGAUUUUUAUUUUCCGCCAAAAAGCAGAUAGAAUUUGCCUUUUACACACUGUGAAAUUCAUCCUUCUAUGAUAUUGGGUGUUUGUGCUUCUAUUAUACCAUUUUGUCAUCAUAAUUAAGGGCCUAGGAAUACACUUUAAUCUGCUAUGGGAAAAUAGUCAAUAGGUUUAAAUGCUACUAAUUUUUUCUUUAGAUAUGACUCACUUGCUCAUGUUUUGUAUUAUCCGUAGGUUCCUUUAACUUUUAGCAGAUCUAAUUAUUAUAAUAGCUCUGUAGAAAUGCCUUUUGGAAUUAAUGCUAUUGUAGCAAUAGCUUGUUUUACAGGAUUUAAUUAAGAAGAUUCUCUUAUUGUUAAUUAAAGUGCUAUUGAUAGAGGACUUUUUAGGUCAUCGUUUUACAGAACUUAUAAGACUGCCUAAAGAAAUGAAGAAAUGGGAAAGUAACCUAUAAGGGAAACUAUUUGUAUACCAGAUUAUAAGAAAACAUUUAUUUAAUAACAUUCUUCUUUUCUUAAAUUAGAUUAUGAUGGAAUUAUUCCUCCAGGAACAUAAGUAAUAAGUUAAGAUGUAUUAGUAGGCAAAGUAGUAUAAAUAAUCGAAAAAGAAGGCUAAGAUAUAGAUAAAAUAGAAUAAUUAUAAAAGGAAUAUAAAGAUAUAUCUUUAGUGUCAAAAAGAUCAGAAAUAGGUUAUGUAGACAAUGUAAUUUUGACAGAAGAUAAAGAUGGAUUUUACCUCGUAAAAGUCAAAAUAAGAUGUUCUAGAAUUCCCUAAGUUGGUGACAAAUUCGCAUCUAGACAUGGACAGAAAGGGACAGUAGGAAUGACUAUAAGAGGUGAAGACAUGCCAUUUAAUAUAGAAGGAAUUUAGGCUGAAUUAAUAAUAAAUCCGCAUUGUAUUCCAUCAAGAAUGACUAUAGGGCAUAUGAUAGAAGGGUUACAUUCUAAAUUGGCCUGUUUGAAAGGGGGAUUUGGAGACGCUACGCCUUUUUAAGAAGGAAAUUUCGAAAAAACAGCUAAGGAAUUAUAAGAAAAAGGCUAUCAAAAAUAUGGGAACGAAAUUUUAUAUGAUCCUUAUACUGGAAAUAAAAUAAAUACUCCAAUAUAUUUUUCACCUACAUAUUAUUAAAGAUUACGACAUUUAGUAGAAGAUAAAAUGUACGCAAGAUCAAGAGGACCUGUAGUGGCUAUUACACGAUAACCAACACAUGGAAGAGGAAAAGGAGGAGGAUUAAGAUUCGGUGAAAUGGAAAGAGAUUGUAUUAUUUCACAUGGAACAAGUAAAUUUUUAUAAGAGAGAACUUUUAGUGUAAGUGAUUCUUAUAGAGUACAUAUUUGCUCAGAAUGUGGGCUUAUUGCUGUUGCGGAUUUAGAAAAUGAGUACUAUGUAUGUAAAAGAUGCUUAGAUUUAGAUAAAAAAAAAGAUAAAGCGAAAAUUGUGUAGAUUAUGAUGCCUUAUGCGGCUAAAUAGAUGAUUUAAGAGUUAAUUUCGAUGCAUAUUGUGCCAAGAAUCAGGGUUUAGAAAAGUUAGAAGAAUUGUGUUUGA